UAUGCGCAGCCAGGAGGGCGGGGCAGGGCCGGAGGCUGGGGUGCCGCCUCCUCUGCAACGCCGGGGCCGGUGUCUUAGAACCCAGGGCCCGUAGGGGUCCCCGCGGCUGCCGCGAUGCAGAAAUACGAGAAACUCGAGAAGAUUGGGGAAGGCACCUAUGGAACAGUAUUCAAGGCCAAAAACCGGGAGACCCAUGAGAUCGUGGCUCUGAAACGGGUGAGGCUGGAUGACGAUGAUGAGGGAGUGCCGAGUUCAGCCCUUCGGGAAAUCUGCCUACUCAAAGAGCUGAAGCACAAGAACAUCGUCAGGCUUCAUGACGUCCUGCACAGCGACAAGAAGCUGACUUUGGUUUUUGAGUUCUGUGACCAGGACCUCAAGAAGUAUUUCGACAGCUGUAAUGGUGACCUGGAUCCUGAAAUUGUGAAGUCAUUCCUCUUCCAGCUGCUGAAAGGCCUGGGAUUCUGUCACAGUCGCAACGUGCUGCACAGGGACCUGAAGCCCCAGAACCUGCUAAUAAACAGGAAUGGGGAGCUGAAAUUGGCUGAUUUUGGCUUGGCUCGAGCCUUUGGGAUCCCUGUUCGCUGUUACUCAGCCGAGGUGGUCACACUGUGGUACCGCCCGCCAGAUGUCCUCUUUGGGGCCAAGCUGUACUCCACAUCCAUCGACAUGUGGUCAGCCGGCUGCAUAUUCGCAGAGCUGGCCAAUGCCGGGCGGCCUCUUUUCCCUGGCAACGACGUAGACGACCAGCUGAAGAGGAUCUUCCGGCUUCUGGGGACACCGACCGAGGAGCAGUGGCCUGCCAUGACCAAGCUGCCAGACUAUAAGCCCUACCCAAUGUACCCAGCCACAACGUCCCUGGUGAAUGUCGUACCCAAGCUCAAUGCCACGGGGAGGGACCUGCUACAGCAUCUCCUGAAGUGUAACCCCGUCCAGCGCAUCUCAGCAGAAGAGGCCCUGCAGCACCCCUACUUCUCCGACUUCUGCCCCCCGUAGGCUCCAGGACCUUGGCCAGGCUGGGGCCUGGCCUAUUUAAGCCCCUCCCAGGAGGGGAGGAAAAGCAGGGGAUGCACGGUGUGCUGGGUCCAGCUGUGCUGGGCCUGGCCGGGGAGGAGGUGCCCUGGCCCGUGGUCUUCACUCCCUCCAUGGACUUUAUUUAAUUUCAUAAAUUGUCUCCUUUCCC